AUGAUCAAGUACGGAGGCUACCACCAGCAAGCUCCCGAGUACAAGGAAGAAGAACACUACGAGCCAGCUCACUACCAGUUCCACUACGACGUCCACGACGAGCACACCGGAGACAUCAAGAGCCAGCACGAGCAGAGGGAGGGGGACAAGACCGAAGGCGAAUACAGCCUCGUCGAGCCCGAUGGCACCCUCAGGGUGGUCAAGUACCACGUCGAUGGAAAGUCAGGGUUCGUAGCUGAGGUACACAGGGAACCCGGCAAGUACAAGCCAGCUCCCGAACCAGCCUACAAGAAGCCAGAGCCAAGCUACUACAAACCACAGCCAACCUACCAGAAGGCUGAACCAUCAUACUACAAGCCUCAGCCCAGCUACAACAAACCACAACCAAGCUACUACAAACCACAGCCAAAAUACUACUAA